AUGGUGCGAACGAGGGCGAACCCGAAUGCCGAGGCUCAAAGAGAACAGGGCGGCCGUGGUAAUCCAAGAGGCGGCCGAGGAGGAAAUCAAGGAAGAGGUCGUGGGAAGGGUCGUGGUGGUUGGGGAGGUGCCGCGGGUCAUCUUGAGAUCCCCGACAUAGCUACUAUCUUUGCUGAGCAGUUGACCGCUUCCAUGCCAACUAUUGUGACACAAGUCACUGCUGCCAUGGGUAGAACUCAGGACCAGCCUCAGGGAGGAGCACCAGAAGCUGUACAAGAACCAGUGACGGUUGAACCAGAGGGAGCUAAUCCAGAGCAGGUAGUUCAUGAACAAGAGGAUUACGACCCAGAGGUUGAGUUUGUUGGAGAUGGUGUGUAUGUUGGUCCGAGACCAAGAAGGGUUGCUCGAGUUCAUGUUGUUGAUGAUGAUGAGACAGUGAAGGGGUGUACUUAUAGAGAAUUUUGCCAUUGUGGAAUACAAGACUAUGAUGGAAAGGGCGGUGCUAUGAAGUUUAUUCAGUGGUUGGAGAAAAUGGAGUUUGUGAUUGAUAUGAGUGAGUGUGUGCCACAUCAGAGGGUCAAGUAUGUAGUUGGGUCCCUCACUGAUAAAGCCUUGACUUGGUGGAACACUCAAUUGCAAGCUAGAGGAAGGACUGCUGCUGUAGCUAUGCCAUGGGAAGAGUUUAAAGGACUGAUGUUGAAGAAGUUUUGUUCGGAAGUGGAAGUUAGUAGGUUGGAAAGAGAAUUCGGAGAACUCAAGAUGACUAGAGCUGAGCACGCCAAGUACACUAGUCGAUUUGAAGAGUUGUCCAGGCUUGUCCCACAUCUAGUGACACCGGACUCCAAGGGAAUCCAGAAGUACAUCUCGGGCUUGAUCCCUCAGAUUAGACUGACUAUGGCAGGGACAACUCCUGCUACUAUGAAUGAAGCAGUGUUGAGAUCAGAGGCUAUUACCGACGAGUUGGUUCAAAGUGGAGUCUUGAGUAAGUCACGUGAGAAGAGGAAAGAUUGGGGGGAGACAAGCAAAUGGAGGGUUGACAAGAAGGAUAAGAGGGCCAAGCCGAGGAAAGUGUAUGCCGCGACUGAGAUGGUUCAGAAGGGUUAUGUGGGCCCGCACCCCCUAUGCUUUAAGUGUAAUCCACACCAUUUGCCAACAUCACCAUGUAAGACUUAUUUCAACUGUCAGAGGUUUGGUCAUCUUUCUAGAGAUUAUAGAGCACCACGAGUACAAGCAGCCCCACUGAAUGUUGCACCGUUGAAUGCCGUCCCACCUAAUGCCAGAAAUCUUCAAGCCCCAGCAACAGUGAACCGUAACCAGCUGCAGAUUACCGGUCCACCUCAACCAAGAGCAAACCAAGGUCAGCAAGCCAGAGGUCGAGUCUUUGCCCUAAAUGCUGUGGAAGCUGCAAAUGAUCUCAACGUCGUCAUUGGUACAUUUCUUCUGAACGAUGAUGUUGCUACUGUGUUAUUCGAUUCUCGAGCCGACUAUAGCUUUAUGUCCACUAACUUUCUGUGUAUCUUAAAUGUGCCAACCUGUUACUUGCAUGCUUGUUACGAGAUUGAGGUAGCCAGUGGUAAACUAGCUAGGCUAGACACGGUAGUGCCUAAGUGUGUACUUACUUUAGAGGGCUACUCGUUCUAUAUUGAUCUGAUUCCUUUCGGAAUGGGUAGUUUUGACGUUAUCAUUAGGAUGGAUUGGUUGUCCCGUGUGGAUGCAUCCAUCGUAUGCCACGUAAAAAUCCUUAGGAUACCUAUGAGUGACGGUCAUGUGUUAGAAAUUCAUGGCGAACGAACAGAAACUAUUGGCCGACACCUUAAGAGUGCCACCGAUAAGGUAGCCAAGAUUACUGACAUACCUAUCGUAUGCGACUUCCCUAAUGUGUUUCCUAAUGAUGUGGUGGGAUUACCCCCACCUCGGCAAGUCGAGUUUCGCAUUGAUCUUUUACCCGACGCUAUGCCAAUAGCGAAAACACCGUACCGUUUGGCUCCUUCCAAAUUGCAAGAACUAGCAGCACAAUUGCAAGAAUUACAAAAUAAGGGAUUCAAUCGACCGAGUUCUUCGCCUUGGGGUGCACCGGUAUUAUUUGUUAAAAAGAAGGAUGGGUCGUUUCGCAUGUGCGUUGAUUACCGCGAGUUGAACAAAUUAACCAUUAAGAACCGUUAUCCUUUGCCAUGUAUUGAUGAUUUGUUCGAUCAGUUGCAAGUCGCCAAGUACUUCUCUAAGAUCGACCUUCAUUUUGGCUAA